UAUUCUCGUUCAAGAGAACGAGAGAAAAAAUCAUAUAAAAAUGAAAAUUCUUAUCGAGAAUAUAGGAAAACAUCUCGAAAUAGAAGAGAAAGAUCUAGAGAACGUUUAUCGAACAAUUAUAAUUAUAGGAAUAGCUAUAAUAAAAAUUUAUUUUAUAAUAUAAAUUAUAUUCAACAAUUUCCUAUUCCUAUUUACUAUGGAAAUUUGCCACCAAGACCAAUAGUUAGACCUUGGGUUCCAAUGCGGGGCCAAGUACCAGGAUAUAGGCAUAUUGGUCCAUCAUUUCCACCGCAAUUUAUAACUCGAAAUAGAUGUCCACCUCCAAAUCCUAGGAAAGAAGUUGUAGUAAAAACAGAAAUAAAAAGUCCAAACAAUAUGAAAAAUUAAGGACAGAUAAAAAAGAAAAACUUUCA